UCCUAAAAAAUUCUUUAUUCUUCACUUUUUGAAUUAUAUAAAGGGCCAGCUUGGUCAUGUUUCACUUGAUCUCUAGAACUAUAAUAUAAUAUGUUACCUAUUAAACCAAGAAACUUGUGUUUUCUAUGCUUAAGUAAAAUUUUUAUCUGGAGGCAAUGGAAUCUGGUUCAUCCUGUGAAGACUUGCCAAUGAAAAUUGAGAAGUUGAAGUUGAGUGACAAAGAAGAUGCUGCUACAGUGGAUUAUUCAGACGUAAGUCUCCGCCUAUUGGACCUCAGAGAUGUUGAUGAUUUUAUGGAAUGGUCUGCGGAUGAAAACGUCAAUAAGUUCUGUUCUGGUUUCACAUUCAAAUGUAAAGAAGAUGCGAUGAGAUACAUUGCUGAUGUUGUUAUACCACAUCCAUGGUUCCGAGCAAUUUGCUUAAACGGCAAGCCAAUUGGUUCUAUUUCUGUAUUGCCAUUUCAUGGAAGUAAUAGGUGCAGGGGUGAAAUUGGAUAUGAGUUAUCAUCAAAGUAUUGGGGCAAAGGUAUCGCUACCAAGGCGGUGAAGAUGGCGGCCACCACCAUAUUCAUCGAGUGGCCACACUUGGAGAGGCUUGAAGCUGUGGUGGAUGUUGAAAAUCCAGGAUCACAGAGGGUGUUGGAGAAGGCUGGUUUUAUAAAGGAAGGUGUUCUGAGGAAGUAUUAUCUUCUUAAGGGAAGACCAAGAGAUAUUGUUAUGUUUAGUCUUUUAUCCACUGAUCCUCAAGUUACCUACUUUAUGUAAUAGGAUGUGUUUAGUGGUUGUGUUUGAUCAAGAUGGAACACUAUUUCUACUUUGUACCUAUGCGAGGCUAGUCUGAUAGGAUUUUUGUAUUAGACUGCUAGUGGUUAAUAUUAUGUUCUCACUACUCUUUCAUUUUUUAUAGUGCCGGGUCUAUUUACUGGUUA